GUGGCUCUGAAAACCUUCCACGUGCCCGACCUGAUACCAGAGGACAUUCACGACUUCCAGCGCGAGGUCAUGCUCACCAGAGACAUGCAGCACCCGAACAUCAUCCACUUCCUCGGCGGCUGCUCUCAGCCGCCCGAUGUCUACUUGAUCAUGGAGCUUGCCCCGUAUGGCACCGUCCACGAUCUCAUCCAGGCCAAGAUGUCGCCCUUCCCAUUCUCCCUGCGCAUGCGUUGUCUCCUUGACGCGGCCAAGGCCAUGGAGUACCUCCACUCCAGGAACGUGAUCCACAGAGACUUGAAGCCCGAGAACCUGCUGCUCCACCUCGUACAGGUCAUGUCCGUGGAUCCCGACGCAGAGGUGGUCGUCAAGUUGGCUGAUUUGGGCGUGGCAAAGCUGAAGGAAAGCAACAAGGAGGCGAUGAUGACCCAAGGAAGAGGAACGCCACAAUACAUGGCUCCUGAGAUCUUCGAGAAGGACGAGAACUACUCCUUCCCGGUGGACGUCUACAGCUUCGGACUUAUCAUCUGGGAGGUCACCACCAGAGAGCAGCCUUACAUCGACAUCAAGCCGCACUUCAAGAUUCCACUGAAGGUGAUGGCUGGCGAGCGUCCGUUCAUUCCGAGGGACUGCCCCCGAGAAUGGGCCGAUUUGAUGAACGCCUGUUGGCACCCGGACCCUGAGAAGCGCCCACAGUUCAAAGAAAUCGUGAAACGAAUCGAAAGAGCGCAGAAGGCGCGAAUCUUCGAUGCUCAAGACCGCGAGGAGGCGACCACGUUUGGAAACAAGGUACAAAUCGAGCUGAGCGAGCUCGAAGUGGGCCAGCAGAUCGGCCACGGCACCUUGUGCAAAGUGCACAAGGCUCUUUGGAAGGCCAAGAACCAGAACGUGGCACUCAAGACGUUCCACUGUCCCGAUCUGGUCCCCGAGGAGCUCGCCGACUUUAAGCGCGAACUGUGGCUCACCAGCCAACUGGAUCACCCCAACAUGAUCCGUUUCCUCGGUGGUAACGGCGAGCCACCGAAUGCUUACCUGGUGACCGAACUGGUGGAGAACGGCAGCUUGUGGGAGCUCUUGCACGACCGCAAGAAGAUCAUUCCCUGGACGAUGAGGAUGAGGAUUGCCUACGAAAUCGCGGACGGCAUGGCGUACCUCCACGACAAAAGCGUUCUCCACCGCGAUCUCAAGUCGGAGAAUAUCCUGGCACGCACGCACCACCCAAUACCCUCUAUCGAAGUCAACAAGCUCACACAGCUAAUACCCGCAGAGCGGGAUUCGCCGAUGGUCAAGAUCGCCGACUUGGGCAUGUCGCGGUGGAUGCGAGCCAAGGGCAACAAAUCCGUACUCACCAUGGGCAGAGGAACCUCGCAGUGGAUGGCGCCUGAGAUCCUCGAGGGAAGGAGGGACUAUUCGUUCCCCAUCGACGUGUACUCUUUCGGUAUCAUCCUGUGGGAGCUCGCGACCAGGGAGGAGCCCUACGAUGAGCUGAUGCCCAAGUUCAAGCUGUGCUACUUCAUCGUGGAGGACCGCUACCGCCCGCACAUCCCAGCGUAUGUGCCCACGGCGCUGGCCAGUCUCAUCCAGGACUGUUGGCACGCUGAUCCGCAACAGAGGCCGACCUUCGGCAAGGUGAUGAUGCUGCUGAAGAAGAUGGUCGCAGAUGCCGACAACCUCUUCGCCCGCAUGCCGUCGGACGAUGAAGCUGCGACGCACUAUCGCAACUGGCUCGAUGAGGAAAAGAGGAAGAAGGCCAGCCUUGGCACGUCGUCGGGUUCGUCCUCCUCGAUACCGGCAGUCAAGAGCCCCCGAGUCGCGGCGCCGGGCCUCAGCCGAGCGACGGCGCCGACGCCAGUCAACUCGUCGUCGCCCUCGCUGGUCGCGACCAAGGAGAAGGAGAAGCUCAAGCCAACGAAGAAGUCUGGGUCUUCUUCGAGUGGAUCGCUGAAGGAGAAGAAGAGCAAAGAGAAGGAGAAGAAGGACAAGAAGAGCAACAAAGAGAAGGAAAAGAAGGAGAAGAAGUCGAGGUCGUCGAGCAAGAAGGACACGUUAACCAAGAAGGACAAGGUCGAGGUCCUCAACUUCUAG